CCAACAAAAUCACAUUUUACAGUCUCACACUCAAGGAAAUUCGAUUGGAUUGGAGCUAGGCCAAUAACUUGGCUAGCUAGCAAGUCUAUGAGAUUUUUCUCCCGAGUUUUGCGUUGUUUUUAAAGCUUAAUCCGAGUUUGAGUGCAACGUUUUCGCUCCGUAUCAUGUUGGAAGUGCUUAUGAAUAAAGGAGUCUGACGUUAGCCAAGGUGUGUAAACGGAUCCCACUUUUACUUAGUACAGUUUUAAAUAUCCGUUUACGACGGCGUUGCCUUCCCCUGGCAAUAGCGCAACUCGAUUUUUGUACGUCGUCUAUCGCUACCUGACGCAGUAUGAGCAGAGAGCUCAACGUGCCCAGGGGCUCACCGGCCCCGGGCAUGUCAGAGCAGGCCCCAGAUGGUGGAGGCGGCAGUGGCAUGGACUACAGGGACUGGGUGCGGCGUAGCUACCUGGAGCUCGUCAGCUCUAACCACCAUUCGGUGCAGGCCCUCUCCUGGAGGAAGCUCUACCUGAGCAGGGCGAAGCUUAAGGCCUCCAGCAGGACCUCAGCGCUCCUUUCAGGCUUUGCGAUGGUGGCCAUGGUGGAAGUGCAACUCGAGAUGCAGUACAGUUACCCGCGCGUGCUACUGGUGGCGUUCAGCGUGUGCACCACGGUGCUGGUGGCCGUGCACCUGUUUGCGCUGCUCAUCAGCACGUGCAUUCUGCCCAACGUGGAGGCGGUCAGCAACAUCCACAACCUCAACUCUGUCAGCGAGUCGCCGCAUGAGCGCAUGCACUACUACAUCGAGCUGGCGUGGGGCUUCUCCACCGCACUGGGCAUCCUGCUCUUCCUGGCCGAGGUGGUGCUCCUCUGCUGGAUCAAGUUCCUGCCUGUGGACUCGGGAGGCGCUGCAUCGGCCGCCGCCGAGACUGCCGCACGGGAUAGCGGCUGGCUGGCGGCGCUGGCGUCUACCGUCAUCAUGGUGCCUGUGGGCGUCAUCUUUGUGGUCUUCACUGUUCACUUCUACCGCUCGUUGGUGCGCCACAAGACGGAGCGCCACCACCAGGAGAUCGAGGAGCUGCACAAGAUCAAGGUGCAGCUGGACGGCCACGAGAGGGCGCUGCAGGUCGUGUGACCGGGGCGUGUGACGGAGGCGGGGUCCUCGCCCAUUUGGAAACAGGGCCGCCAGGUGGCUUCCUUCUCUGUCUCUUUAUUUGAAAAUGUUGACUUUCUGUGCUUUGGGCCUCCAUUUUGUGCCAAAGGCAUCCAUUUUGGAUCUUGCACGUUCACUUUGCAGCUUCAGCUCCGGUUUGAGUUCCUUUUACUGGUGCCGUUCGUGUCUUUGUCCUCACUAGCGAGACAAUUCAGAGCAGCCUUUUCUACCGGUACAAUUUAGGCGGCCAGUUUGUCUGCGCAGGGGGUCACGUCGAAUGUUUUCCCAGGAAAAGGGUUAGGAUGUUGUUUGUGCUGUGUGGUUAUUGCCAUGGUUUCACAUGCUGCACCUCGUCCAAUCCAUCUAAUGAAAAGCGCACAUCCCCCUAUUGUGAGCAGUGUUCAUGCUUUUGUGUUUCGGCCAUGGUCCGCCGCAAAACUUGGAGCAACUGUGAACCCUGUUCAAUGGACUGAACUUCAUCAAUGUGAUGAGCACUCAAAUGUGUUUGAUUGUGGGCCAAACGCAAAACUCUUUUCAGAAGAAAUGAAAACCGGUUCCAGAGCCCCCAACGAGGGUUAGUCAACAUGACGCAUGACAUUUAGAAUAGAACGCCCUUUAUUGUCAUUUUACAACUUAGUUGUACAACAAAAUUCGGAUAGCUGCUCCCUUCCUAAUGCAAACAUACAAAAUUUAAAAAAGUAUAAAAGGAAGUCGAGAAUAAAAGUGAAAGAUCUUAUUUACAGUAUAGCUAUUAGUCUAAGAAUGAAGGUUAAAAAAUCUUAUUUACAGUAUGUUCAAUGUGGGUAUAUGUAUUAACAUGAAUGAGGUUUGUACAGAAAGUAAAUAAUAAAUAGUAAAUAGUUAUUGCACGUAGUUUUUAAA